AUGAGAGAGCAGUAUGCAAGGUUAAGGGAUUAUAGGAGAGAGCUUCAAAGGGUUGAUCCAGGGACAACUAUUGAUAUCAAAUGUGACUACAACAAUCCAGAAAAGAAACCUGUUUUUAGGAGGAUGUACAUUUGCUUGGGGGCAUUCAAGAAUGCUUUGGAUGCUAAUAACACUUCAUGGGUUGUGGGAUAUGCAAUGGUAGAGAUGGAAAGUAAGGAUUCUUGGAUCUGGAUUCUUAAGCUGUUGGUGAAGGAUUUGGAUAUUGACCAUGAAGGAGCAGGCUGGACAUUUAUUUCAGAUAAAAAAAAAGGUUUAAAACCUGCUUUUGAGUUGGUUGUCCCAGCUGCCCGAAUUAUAUUUUGUGCAAGGUAUUUGUGGACUAACUUUUCCAAGCUGUUUCCUGGUAAAGUAAUGAAAGAUCAGAUGUGGAAGUGUGCAAAGGCAACGACUUUGUCUUACUUUCAGAAAGAAAUGGAAGAGAUGAAGUCCCUAGUUCAGGACGCCUAUAAUUGGUUGACAGAACCCGAGAGGCCUCCUCAACAUUGGUCUAGAGCAUACUUCACAACUGGUAGCGAUUAUGAUAUCCUCAUAAACAACAUGUGUGAAAGCUUUAACAGCUUCAUUUUGGAGUCAAGAGGCAAGCCACCUUUGACUAUGUUUGAAGAGAUAAGGUGGAAGUUAAUGAAGAGGAAUCAGAUUACAAGGGAUAAAAUGGAGGCCUACCAUGGAAAUAUAUGUCCCAAGCUAAGGAAUAUUUUAGAGAAGAACAAGAUCAAGGCUGCAAUAGACUGCAUUGCAACAUUCAAUGGUGGUGACAGAGCAGAAGUGGAGAAUAUUGAGGGAUCCAAGAAUGUUGUGAACCACUCUGUGAGGACAUGUAAUUGUAGGAGGUGGGAUUUGACUGGAAUCCCGUGUAAGUAUGUCGUUGCUGCAAUAUAUGGGAGGAGGGAAAACUCGGAUGACUAUGUCGCAUCUUGCUACCUGAAGAAAACUUAUUUGAGUAUCUACAAUCACCUAAUACAGCCUCGACACUUGCCACCAAAGGAAAAGAAGGCUGCUGCUCUUUCUAAGAAGAGGAAGGUGAAUGGUGAAGCAGGACAAGGUUCUGAAAAUCAGUCCAAGAAAGGCAAAACAGGUCCCUUGACUGCAAAUGAGUUGAGGCAGAAAGCUAGAGAAAGAGCUGAAUAUCAAAGGAGCUUGGUUAAUGGCUUGCUAAUGCUGCAAAAACUAUGUAGGGAUUAUGUGGCUAUGGAUUAUUAUGAAUGGAAUGGGAUGGUAUUCAAGUGUUGGAAUUGUGGAAAUGAUGCUUGA